GCGACGUUAAAUAAUUCCUGAGUGCAUUCAGCAUGACAUAUUACAGCAUGUGGUUGUGCCACGUUAUGCAAGGAUUAGCAUGGCAGCAUCCAGAGUCACAACGACGGGCUCUGCACCACUGUCACCGGGCACAGCUGGAAGACACCCCACAGAGGUGGAUGCAUCGGUGACCGAGGCGCUGGCCAAUGGGGAGGGUCUGUAUUCCAUAGACGUGGAACUGCUGCGUGCCCUUCAGCCUGAUGUGAUUUUCACACAAGCACUCUGCAGUAUCUGUGCUGUCGAUUGUGCUCUGGUCUGGCGAAUCACCAAGGAAAUGGUGCCUCGCCCUGUUGUUGUCACUAUGAGUCCAAAGUGCCUGGCUGACAUUAUUUCAGACGUCAGAACCGCAGGCCAGGCCCUUGGUCUGGCGGAGGAAGGCGAGAGGGCGGCAGUCUCCCUGGAACGGCGUGUGGAGGCAGCAAAAGCUCACGUACGGCAUGACAAUUGGCCUCUUGGGAGGAAGCCACGUGUCAUGUUCAUGGAGUGGGUUGACCCGAUUUUUUGCGGUGGCCACUGGACGCCCAGUUUGAUCGAGAUGGCUGGAGGCGUCCAUCCUAUCAAUCCAGCCAACGAUUCAAGUGGACUUUCAGGUGCCGGUGACUCCUUUCGUGUGCCACCGCAGAACGUGCUUGAUAUGGACCCUGAUUGGGUGAUAGUAGGUCCUUGCGGACUCAACAUUCCUACGACAAAGAGGGAACUCCGUGCGGUGGCCCGUAAAGGCUGGUGGCAGCAACUUCGCGCUGUCCAAGAAGGACGAGUUGUAUUGGUUGAUGGAAACCAAAUGUUUAAUCGACCCGGGCCUCGAAUUGUAGAUGCCCUCGAAUGGUUGGUGGGUUUGUUGAAUGACAAACCAGAGGUCAUCCCGCCGUCGUUUCCGUGGGAGAGAUGGGGUGAUGAUCAGCAGGACGAGCACGAUGCGCAGGAUGGACACGCUCGUGAGACUCGUGGGAUGAGUGCUCCAUCUAGGGAAACCAAUGGGGCAAGCACCGAUACAAUGAACGCAGACAACGCAGGAUCUAACUCUUCGGCGCCUAACGGUGACGGAUCAUCAAAUCCUAAUGGCGAUGGAAUGGGUCCAACGGGGGCCGUGGCCGGUGUCCUGGCGUCCGUGGUUGGGAGCACAUGCAGCAGCUGCCAAGAGCAAACAAGACAAGACUCUGAGGAGGAAAGCGGCUUGGAUCACAAUGAUUGCAACAGUCCGUCAGAUGGCGGUCCUCAUUUACCGACGAGCUUGGGACCGAACGGGGGGGUUCAAAAUGGAAGCAGACUGGAAAACCACAAGGCUGCCCAGCCCAGGGGAAAUGGUGGGGUGGAAUUUACUGGGAUGGAAGGGAGUCGGGUGAAAGAGGGCCUAUGCGUAGAGGCUUGGGAGACGCCACUAUUUCCAGUCGAUAUUGAGGAACUGCACCAGGUUGCAUGCAGAUCUGGUUCUACUUGCUACAGGGACCCCCAAACAGGUUACGUGGUUUUUACGGAGGUCGGGCUGAAAACAAGAGGCUGUUGUUGUGGAAAUAAAUGCAGUGAAGUCGCCUUGUGCUUCUGGUCCCCACAAAAGUAAAAGAGAGUGAGCCAUGCUAUUAGCAGGUGUAGAAACUGCUGCAGUUAAAAAAUUACAACCUUCCAAAUAAGAGCUUGCCAAACCGUGAGUAUACCAUGAUGUCACGAAAGUAGUACCAGUUAACCAUCCUCCUAAUGAAAAAUAGGCACAUGGAAAUAAUAAAAGACCAGACCAUCCAACAAAAACAAAACGGUCUCUUCUUAACCAAUCAUCCAUUGUAUCAAAUAUACCUUUCGGCUCUUCAGAGGAUUUUCCGAUGGCUAUAGUCAUAAACCKUCUCCUAGUAAAUCACAUUAAUGAAU